GCUUCCCCCCAGGGGACGGUCGCGGGAGGUCGUGAGCGCGUCUUCGGGGCUUCUCGGCCGGGCCGGCUUCGCGGGGAGGGGGAGGCGGCGGCGGCAGAUAGCGGUGGACGAUGGCGGGCGGCGAUCCCCUGAGCCAGCGCUGGCUGAAGCCGCCGCGGAACGGACUUCUGCUCCGAUGCCAGCCGUCAGCUGCGAUGCAACGCAGCUUCCCGAGCGGAGGAAUGAAGCGGAGAACCGGGCCAGGGCUUGCAGCGGCUCUUCUAUAAGAUGCGGCGAGGGGUCGCCCGCUGAUUUGGGGGCUGGCUCGCUUGCAACGACCCGGAGAAAAACUAAAGCGCAUUUCCUCCCCCCCAUAUAAUGGGACCGGGCAUCGGAGGUUAUCCCGUCUCCCUGCACAGAGGGAGCCUGCAAAACCUUGUUCAUGAAACCUACGAAGGCAGCGGAAUGGUAACUUCCAGUGGAGGAAAGAGCCACUCAAGCACAAAAGAACUAAAGAAAUCAUCGUUUCUAAAACCUUCUUCCAAGAAGCCAGCGAAAAACACAUCUGCGAUUGCAGAAAAGGCUCCUGUAGAGGCCACAGACAGACAGAUAACAGCUCAAUACAAAGAGAAAAAACAAGUUUACGAAGGGCAUCAACCAAACAGAGUGGCCAGGUCGAAAAGAGAACUUCUGGUUAGAAAAAGUCAUGAGGCCGGGGACAACAAAAUUCUUCCUGCGUUUAAAGAUGCCUCAUGUAGUCCUUUCAGCGGGACAGAAGAUGCGAUGAUCCAGAGGUUUUAUUGCAGACAGAAAGGCAAUUUGGAAAGAAACUUUGGGGAGGAGGUGGAGGAAGCAGGUCCUAGCGGUCUUUCCUGUCCGAAGGCUAUGACUGAGGCAAUGUUUCUGGACUUCGGAUCUUUGCAAAUGAUGAAAGAGGAAGACUCUGAGGAAGACGAUGCCAGUGACCUUUCAGAUUCUGAAAGAAUUCCCAUCCCUCCAUCGCCUUGCACGCCCCCAGAGCUCAAUCUGCGAGCAGAGGAAAUCGAUCCGGAUUGCUUCGAACACCACUUCGAGACGCAACGGAAGCAACCAGACUACCAUUACCCAGACUUCCUCCCGCCACCUUUUAACACCUGGGACUUGAAAGGGUUGGCUGCAUUCAUCAACACCGAGUGCAAAUCGGAACCCAGGCCGGAACCGACGGGAUUCCUUGAGAAGUACGUGGAUCGUCUUUUGGAACUGGAAUGGCUGCAGAUGCAAACUGUGCAAACUGAGAAAGGAAAAAUAACCAAAGCUCGGGUUCAGACUGCCCCCAGCGUCCUCCGGUCCUUGAAAAGUUCUGGCAAAAGCAAACUAUUGCACAGCCCUUUAGCAAAUAAACAGUCGAUUCUCCCCGGAAACAUUCCAAGACUCCCCAAUGCAGGUCUCAAAAAGGACUUUCACGGGGAAAAAACCAACCCGGUGACCUCCCUUGAGAGUCAGUUGAAGGCCACUGGAUCCACCCAAAGCUCAUCCGCCCAUCAGAGGAGACCAUCUGGAGCAAAGAAUGAGACCAAAAAACGGCCUGCCGUCAAGCAGCAUUUGGCCAGUACGCCUUCUUUUGAGAUCCAGGAAUCCUGCAUGAUCCAUGGAGCUGGUAACAUGAGACCUCCCAAGCCAUCUUCUUCAUUCCAUGGCUCCACUGUCCCGCUUAAGGGGUUACCAGCCCAUAUAUGCCCAAAUCCCAAGAAUGGAAAGGCAAAUAAUUGCACUCCUCCCAAAAAAGCCUCUGUGGAUCCCAAGCUAAAAACAAACGGCCUGAAACAAACACGGUGCAAAUUUAAAUAAUGCUGGGACGGGGUUUGUUGCUUUGGUACAGCAGCCCUUUUCCUGGUUGCAGGAAGAAUCUAGAAUGGCGGUUCUUGAACUUCGAGGUAGACUUUCAUAGGGAGAUUCCAUCAUGUCCUGAACUUCUCAUCCCAUGUUGUGAUUGGUCCUGAAGACAAGAAUCCUGAUCCUUCAUCUCUGCCUCAUAUACACCAUUGGACAUGCAGGUGUCCUGACCCUUGUGAUGUUUGCAGUGACAAGACACCACAGUAUGAGAUCUUUGGUCUUCCUGGGAUUCCUUCCAUAAGCAUGUAACAUCAAAAAAUGCUCACAGCCUAUACACUCAUGGCCUCUUUUUUUAAAAAAGUUGUGAUGUGUGGCCAGCCAUUUUUUUCCUCCUGUGGUAAAUUUUUGCAGUUGUUUUUUUUUAAAAUAGGGAAUUAUCACCUUUAAAGUUCAUUCUUCCAUGAUGUACUACUACUUGUAUGACGUUGUGGGUCAAACUAAAUAUUGAGUGGUAAAAAAUGUACAUAAACAAGUAAGAAAACUUUCUCCCAAUUCCCAUGAUUUCAACAUAUAAGAACAUUUCUCUCCCUGUGCUCAAGAGUUUCCUUUUGAAAUUUUACAUUUGAUGUCACUUUUUUUUUUAAGGACGGCAUUUAUAGACUGCUUUUCAAUCUGCACCAAGGAAUCCCCAAAGUGGUUUACAAGGCCUGUGUAUUGGGAGAGGUUGCUGGCUGGUGUUAUUGCAACUAGAAUAUUUUGCAACUUUUAAUUUGGGGCUGG